AUGCGUACAUUCAUUUUAGUGACUUGUUUGGCCGUUGCCGCUGUGGCACGUCCCGAAGCAGGAUAUACAUAUAAUGCUAUACAACAACAGCAUCAAUUGGGAUUACCACAGAAUGCUCACCUACUUCAGCCCUUGGUACAUCAACAAUUACCACAAGAGCAGGAAUUUGCUACAUUUGGAGUACCACAAAUGAGUUAUAAUGCACCAACUGUUAACGCUGCACCACUCUUAACAAACCCAAACGAACAAUUAUCCUCACCAAUUGUACCAGAGGAUCCUGCCAUAUCACAAGCUUUACCAGUACAACAAGAUUCCUAUAAUAUGGCUUAUCAACACUCCUCCCUGCCACAUGAAAGUGGUUAUGCCUAUCAGCCAGCACCAACAAAAGUACAUAAACAUAUCUAUGUACAUGUGCCACCAAAAGAUUUUGAAGAAGAAGAUGCCAUUGAAACACGUGUACACCAUCAAGUUGGACCCAAACAGAAGCACUAUAAAAUUGUAUUCAUAAAGGCACCAUCAGCACCAGCUAUACGUGCACCAAUUGUAGCACCACCACCACAAAACGAAGAAAAGACACUCAUCUAUGUAUUGCAUAAGAAACCAGAAGCCGCACAAGAUAUUAUCAUACCCACUGCUGCACCAACUAAACCAUCCAAACCAGAAGUAUACUUCAUUAAAUACAAGACCAAGAAAGAGGAGGCACCAGUUUAUGGUCCACCACCAGUUGCUAUAGAAAUGGAUCCACGCAAUGCUGAUUCAGCUAUCAAUGCAGCACCAGCUGUUGAAGAUUUUGCACCUAUGGAAAAUGUUGAGUUAUCUGCACCCUUAACAACACUUCAACCAGCUGUAGAUGAACCACAGCCACAACAGUUUGUUAGUGAGUUACCAGCUGGUGUUUAUGGUGCACCCACAGCUUCUGCCUUAACCAAUGAUGAAAUACAAUCUACAGUGACUUUGCCAAAUAAUCAAUAUUUGGCACCAGAAUCAACACAAGCUGUGAUUGCCACUGAAGCGCCACAUGUCCCAGCGACCAAUUAUGGUCCACCAACAAGAUUUUUCAUAAAGAAACGCAAAUAAAUUAUUUGUGUAGAUUUUUUACAGGAUCUUUAAAAAAUUGUUCUAAUUAGUCAUUGUGUAUAUG